AUGAAGUUUAAGAUCAGCCAAUGGGCGUAUGAGGCCGUCACCUAUGUCGUGAACCUGAUGGUCCGUGAGAUCUUGAUUUACACGUGCAACCAGUGCGCCUCGCAAAAGACAAAGCUCACGAAGGUAUCCCACAUUCCGUGGGAAGCUCUGCAAACCAAGCUGCUGGCCGGUUUGUACAUGAACACGAAGGCCGUGUUUACGCAGCUGCACCCGAGCAGUGAAUCUGAGACGCCCACUACUGCCAACAAGAGUGAGGAGGAGGAAGUGGUGGUGUCGGAAGAGGAGGUAGUAGGCAAUGACGAUGCUACCCCCGUGAAGACCCCCAAACCGCGGCUGGCACAGUUCAUUUCCACCACCUUUAAGGAGAUCGUCUCCCACGACGAGCGAUUCCACGGUUUACUGCUCGGCCGAGAGACGGCCAACAGCAAGACAGUCAACAAGCGCCUCGCCAUCAUCGCCACAAAGAUCCUGCUGCAGGAUCACGUGCAUAGCGUCGAUGCUGACGUGACGGUUGUGCUCGACGUGCUUCAAGCUCGUCUAGACGAGCUUAAGAGCUCACCCGAACCGGAAGAAGACAACAGUGAUGAAACGGAUGAAACUCCAUAA